UGUGCACUCAAGAGGAAAGCCGAUAGAUAGCAGAGGUCACUGCUCCGCCGGUGCCUGCCUGGGAGAAGCCAUUUCUGGUUCAGCCUUUGGCCCUGCCCUCCCUGACACUCCCCUUCUGUCCGCCCCCGCAUUCUCCUCCUCUCCUCUCCUAUCCUCUCCUAUCCUCUCCUCCUCUCCCUCUCCUCCAUUCCUCCGUCGCUGUCCCUGGUCCUGAUCAGGCUGCCACAUCCAGUGGGGACAUCCCCCCCUUUUUUCUAACCUGACUUUCCCCCUCAGCCAGCCAGCCAGCCAACACCCACGCCCACACCCACUCCGGCAUCCCUCCUGUCCUCCUCCUCUCCUCCACUCCUCUGUCAAUGCCAACCGCCUGCUCCGUCGCAGACACCCGGAGACCUAAUCCAUCCAGGGGGUGAGGGAGACCAACGUGAGCAGCAGCCAUCCGAAAAAGAGGCCUCUUUUCCUCCCUACCAGCUGCUCCUGCUGCCACCACCACCACCACCACCACCACCACCACCACCACUACUACUACUAUCUCCACCACCCUCCUCCAUCGUCUGCCCUGUCCCCCGGCCUCCUCCUCCUCCGUUCCGCCUGCCUUGUCUCUCCCUCCCUCCUUCUCUCUAUCUCUCUUGCUCCCUCUCUACCUGAAAGCGCGCAACAGCAGGUUGGCAUGCAGCCACGCCGCCUCCGCCUCAGCAAAGGUUGGAUUAUUUUGUAAGCUCGGGCCCCUAAGCUCUUUCUUUCCCUCUUCACAGAGAGAAAGAGAGGGGGAAUAAAGACGAGAAAAGAGGGGAUAGCACAUUUAACGAAAAAGGAAAAAAAGGGCAAAUCUACAGAGGGUGAAAGACAGUGGGAAAAAAACAAAGGAAGUGCGUUGGAAAAAGGAAAACAAGAGAGAAAAAAAGGGAGGGAAAAGAAAGACACGACACAAUCAUCAAGAGGAUCUCAUCUUAUCGUAAAAACUGUGUGUGUAGACUGUGUGUGUGUGUGUCGUGUCUGUAUAGCACAAAAAAACCAACGAUCUAGCAGCCAUGCGUUUCCACGUGCUACUGUGGGCACUGCAGGCUGUGUGGGGCAACCUGUGCCACGCCAUGCAGCACUACCAGACGCAGUGGGGACACUACGACAUGUGCAAGUCGCAGGUGUACACGGACGAGGGGCUCACCUGGGAUUACAUGGCCUGCCAGCCCGAGGCCGCCGACAUGACCAAGUUCCUAAAGGUGUCGCUGGACCCGCCCGACAUCACCUGCGGGGACCCGCCCGAGACAUACUGCGCCCUGGAAAACCCCUACAUGUGCAACAACGAGUGCGACGCCACCACGGAGGAGCUGGCCCACCCGCCGGAGCUGAUGUUCGACGUGGAGGGCCGCAACCCCUCCACCUUCUGGCAGUCCACCUCCUGGCGCUCCUACCCCAAGAAGCUCCUGGUCAACAUCACCCUCUCCUGGAACAAGACCAUCGAGCUGACCGACGACAUCAUCAUCACCUUCGAGUCGGGCCGCCCCGAGCAGAUGGUGCUGGAGAAGUCGCUGGACUACGGCCGCACGUGGCAGCCGUACCAGUUCUACGCCACCGACUGCCUGGAGGCCUUCACCAUGGAGCCCAAGACGGUGAGCGACAUCUCCCAGGCCACACUGCUGGACAUCAUCUGCACGGAGGAGUACUCGCGCGGCUACGUCUGGAAGAACGACAAGACGGUGCGCUUCGAGAUCAAGGAUCGAUUCGCGCUGUUUGCGGGGCCGCGCCUCCACAACAUGGCGUCGCUCUACGGCCAGCUGGACACCACCAAGAACCUACGCGACUUCUUCACCGUCACCGACCUGCGCGUGAAGCUGAUGCGGCCCGCCACCGGCGCCACCAUGGUGGACGAGAACAACCUGUCGCGCUACUUCUACGCCAUCUCCGACAUCAAGGUUCAGGGCAGAUGCAAGUGCAACCUUCACGCCAACAGCUGUGUGUUUGAUAAGGACAAGCUGAGUUGCGAGUGCGAGCACAACACCACGGGGCCCGACUGCGGCCGCUGCAAGCGGAACUACCAGGGCCGGGCAUGGAGCGCCGGCUCCUACCUCCCCAUCCCCAAGGGCACGGCCAAUAUCUGUGUCCCGCCUCUGUCAGGUGGCCCAGUUAUUCGGCAGAAUGUCUCGUCUCUAGGGGUUGCUAACCGAAACCAAGACUGCGAGUGUUUCAGCCACGCCAACCGGUGCAGCUACAUCGAGCUGCUAAACACGGUCAUAUGCGUGGGGUGCAAGCACAACACCAGGGGGCAGCACUGCGAGAAGUGCAAGCAGGGCUUCUACCGCAAUUCCUCGGCUGAGCCCGAGGACGAGAAUGUGUGCAUAGACUGUAAUUGUAACCCCUUUGGCUCAGUCAGUGAUCGCUGUAAUGACACAGGAUUUUGUAAGUGUAAGGAGGGAGCGACAGGGCUUAAGUGCCACGAAUGUCUGCCGGGAUAUUUGUGGGACGAUGGCUGCAAAUCCCGCGUGUGCGACAACGAGAUGCUCCGUUGCCAGAACGGUGGCGUGUGCCUGAACAACCUCCGCUGCCAAUGCCCGGCCGGCUUCAGCGGGCUGCUGUGCGAAAAGGCCCAGUGCGAGGGCGAGGCUGGUGGAUGCAACGGACCCGAGUCGGGGGGCCCGUCCGCCCUUUUAGCCCAGCACCUGACGUCCCUGCUGCUGCCGCUAAUGCUCACCCUGGCCCCGCUGCUACUCGGAGAGGCCUGCUGGUCUUCUUCUGUCUAAAGCGAGGGAACUGGGUCUGAAGGCCAACCCAAACACACCCCCCACACACACAAACACACACGCACAUACAACCACACACACACAUAUAUACACACACACACACACACAUACACACAAUCAUCAUUGUUCCCCUCUUCCCUCUUUGCAGUGCACAAAUCUCUCCACCGUCCACGCCCACCCCAAUCCAACCCACCGACACCAAUGCCACUACGUUUGUGAAUCCCGUGUCCCGUGCUUUACCCCGCCCCCCCAUUCUUCCCCUAAACCCUCUCAAAUACCUGACUUAAGACCAGAGAAUGCCAGAGACCAUCCAUCGCACAUCCAUCUCUAUUGAAGAAACUCUGGACUAGACUCUGCCCUGAAGCCCCAACACCCUCUAGCCCAGCCUCCCCUCCCUCUCUCUCCUAGCUGUCUCACGACACCCUUUCUAAGGACACAUGGCUGUUGAUUAUCAAGGAAUGUGACAGAAUUUCAAGGAAAUUGGUAAAGAAGUGAUAUAUACAAAAAAUAUGAAUAAAUAAAUGAAUAUAUAUAAAUAUAUAUGAAAAAGAAAAUCUAUGACUAGAUAAAUAAAGAGUAAUAAUGAAGUUGUAAAAAAAUAUAUUUGAAAAAAAAAUAUUGAACACAGUACAAGAAUCGAUUUGUUGAAUUACAAAUCGUGGCGACGGUGAAACAUUUUCAAACUGAUGACAAAAAAAUAAAGCUCGGACUGUUCACUUGAUGGAAACUAGUGGACUAAGCCAUAUUGGACACUCAACCCUCCUUGUUAUGCCAACUGCCCAAUCCCCAACAAAACUCAACAAAGAUGGGCAGGACUAAAAAUGAAUUGCCCAAUUGCCUCACGCCCGCCCCACAAUCACCACGGCUACAGGAGCUGCAAGCUAACAGCAUGGAGCUAACAUGCUAACAAAGCCAGCAGCUACUCCGGCUUGAAGGUACUUUGUUCUGGGCUGGCUUGGACAACUUUAGGGCUAGCCCCUGACUUUGAGCUUAAAAAUAUGGUGGACUGUCCAGCUUGACAGGACUGGCUUUUUGUGAGGAUUUGAAGAAGCAGCAAGUUAAUCAAUGGAUGAAGGAAAGAAAAAUAAAACAGACUCAUCAAAGCAAAGUUCAGCAUUCUUUGCUGUCAGUGCAUUGUGGAUUUAGGGAAAUUCAUCCAGACUACCACAUGAUCUCGAGUAAAAACAAAAAAUUAAAAA